GUGCAUUUUGACCUGCUAUCCCGCAUCUGUUGUCGAGUGUUGUAAGAUUGAUCAAACCCAGUACUGUGUAGUUGAGGGCUGCGGUUGUCUGCCGACGACGAUGCCUCGAUCCCGCCGCUCCCGUCGCUCUUCCCCGCCAAGUGAUCCACCUGUUCGGCCGAGUUUCGACAACACUGAACUCGUUGUCGACUGGGUGAACGCUCGUCAAGAUGGCGAAGUGUCCCGCGAGGUGUCCAGCGAGAUCGGGAUUGUUUCAAUCCUCUACGAAGCAUGCCUCCGCCUGCUUGCAAGUAUCUCGCGGGAAUAUGUGGCAGGCCAGAAUGCAACUCACCAGCAAAAAUCACGUCUCAUAGACAGCCAGGCCGCGCUCUGCCUUUUUGGCGACGGCCUUGUGGAUCACGGGGAACUGGAAACCUGCCUCAAAACCGACGACGAACUUCGAGACGACCUGGUCACUUUGUUCUGCAGUCUUGGUAGUCUUUUGCUCAGAGGUGUCGAGGAUCGCUCCCAAAAUGAUUUCCCUCCCGAGAAAUCUCGUGAAGAUCUUGUGAGCGAGCUAAAGGGGGCACUAGACAAAGCUUCGACCAUCAUCUGUCAGUCUGGUGUCGAACAGGAUGGCAACGAUGAUCCCUCGAGCUCGAGCGACGGUGAGAGUGAGAGUGAGACAGGCCAGGGUGACGCCCGAGACGGAGGCAAGUUGAUCGAUGAAGAUGCUUUGAACAGUCUGGACGACUAUGUCACGUCUUUACUGGACCUACGGCCAUUGCUGGACGAUGUCAUCCACGAUGCCCUCGUCCGCCACCCAAAGCCAGGCACUCGCAACGAAAAUAUAAUCUUUAGUGUCACCGAAGCGGCUCGCCCGUACGUGCUUCAAGUCCACGAUAAGUUCCGGAAUGCGAGUCCGUUUUUGGUCGAGCACCUGGGAGAAGCCAACUGGCAGCGGUAUGUGCGUGUCAAAUCAAAGAUGGAAGCUGGUGGUGUUGUCGAAGAUCUCCCAGAACUCCCCAAGUCACUUUUCCAGCCAUUCUCCGACUUUCGCGAUUCCGGCAUCGGCUCCAGCCAUGCUAUGUCAACCGCAUCACACACAUCAUUCCAGUCAACUGAUACAGACGCCUCCAAAGGGAGAGCACGAGUUCCGAAAACGCCAUCCGAAGUCAAUCGGGGACUUGCUUUUACGUGCUUCAUCUGCGGCAAACGACUCUCGACCAUCAGGAAUCGAAUUGACUGGAAAAUGCACGUCUUCGCUGAUCUGAGCCCCUACAUAUGUACCUUUCAGGAUUGUCCCACGAUGUUGGACACUUACCCGACCAGGAAACUCUGGGCAGAACAUGAGCUCACCGAACAUCGUUCAGACAUGUUCUUCGAAUGCCAUGACUGCCCUGGCACAUUCUCUGUUGCGUCUGACUUCACCCAACAUCUUGCCCAGGAACACCAGUACAGCUCCCUUAAUCACACGCAGAUGCUGGCCGUCUUGUCAGCUGCAAAGAAAUCAACUCCCCACCCAGUUGAUACCUAUCAAUGCCCCCUCUGUCACCGUGAUGGAUGGGACUCGCGGCGAUCCUUCAUAACCCACGUCGGGAAGCAUCUAGAAGAAAUAUCGCUAUCCGCGUUACCAAGAGAUGUUGACAGUGGUUCGGAGGCGGACCAAGACGAGUCUCGGUCAUCGAGCUCGACAUGCAAGGAUGGUCCAGACAUAGCCACCAAAGUCGUCAAGCGUUCACACUCGAACCCGGAGCUAACUACGCUUAACCAUGCCUUAUCUUACCUCGAUCAAGUCAAAGCGGCUUGUCGUCACCAGCCUGAGAUUUACGAUCAGUUUCUCAUCAUCAUGGGGGACAUUAAGUCUUGGAAAAUUGACACUCUGGAAGCUAUUAGGCGGGUUUUAGAGCUACUUUCUGCUUCCCCGGAACUCAUCAAAAACUUUGAUUAUUUCUUCCCUGCCGGAUAUAAGGAUUUUACUGACGUGGAGGAACCAACAUUCCCCCUGCGUGACGCUUCGAAUGACGUGGCUGAAGCUUCAACGUCCGCCCAACCCGGGCCAGAACAAGACUUUAAGGAGACCAUGGCUUAUGUGAUGAAAGUGAAAGUAAGUUUCUGUUCUCCCGUAUAGUAACCAAUCUUUUGUUGACCCGAUGGUUGCAAUAUUAUCCAUCAUGGCUGAUAGGACUUUGCUGCGCAGCUGCAUUUCAAGGAUCAACCAGAGAUCUACGAGAAUUUCUUAUCAGCUCUAAAAUCCCACCACGUGGCGGCAAAGUCACCCGAUCAAGUCAAUGCUGAAAUCGCCCAAUUUUUCAAGGAUGCUCCCGAUCUGGCCGAGGGCAUGAAGCGAUAUGUGACAUAUGUGCCGACCAUUGGGGCAGGACAAUGGUUCGAUGAUCUACCUAGCACCGAGACAAUAGGAAGAUGGAAUGGUUCGGGCGACAACGGUUCUGCUUCCAGUGGAGACGUUGGCGAACACAAAGUCAUGCCUGCAGGGUUGGCAUUCGAGCCCGUCAACGUACCGGGGGAGAGUUUUCAGAGAACCCCCCAAGAGGAAUGAAGAUAUACUGGGAGCUCGGCCGGAAUGCCCACAUAGAGAGCCACUGUGGUCUUCUAAAGAAUAGGAAUCGUGCCGGAUGUGACCGACCGACCAUCACCAGAAUUACUGUUAGUUUGAGCCACCAUGCACAGAAACUGGCGCACAGCAGAAAGUGCCUCUUCCUUCUCUGCCAGGACCUAUCCAGCCUCCGUCUCCUCCAAUCACAUGGACCCCUCCUCCCGGGAAGAAAAAAAUGCAAUGCCAUUAUGUCGACGCUCACAACCCCCCCAGCGAACAUGGCCACCUGGCCACCUGGCCACACGCCCAGCACCCAUCCCCAUGCCGAUGAGAUUCUCCGAGACGCCAGACGCUCGCGCAUAGACCCAGAAGUAUUUGCAGGGGGAACCGAGGGCGAGUGGGCUGGCCGCUUCACUUCCUUCGCCUUGACGUCCAAGUGGCAGGAUUUUUCGCACGAAGAGGUUGUGGAGCAGCGUUUCGCAACGUAGCAGGUGGCUAGGGGUAUUAGUACUCGAUGAGUAAACCGCCCCCUGGUCGCUAGCUCGCUAGCUAGCUAGUGCGUGCUUGUUUGUAUGUAUAGAGUAAGAGCGCCUCAGGGGCACCUCAGCCUCGUCGCCACCACUCCGAUCUGCCGGAAGUGCGGGACAUGGGCCAGACCGUGGUGCGCGUGCGUGCAUGCAUGCAUACCUCGGCGCUCUACGGCCCCGAAGAUCUCUAUCGAGUGCCAACUUCCACCGGAAGAGAAGCGGG